UUGGUCGGUUUCAUUUAUUCGUUUUUGUUGUUGAUUAAAGUUUUUCCGUCGUGUUGUGAUUUGUGAUUAGAGAUUGAGUAUUAAAUUUGAUAUAUCGUGCUAUUUUCUUGUUUUUAUUAUGUUUAUUCAUCGAAUUAUUUUGUGACUUUUCUUUUAUAAUAUGCGGUAGUUAAAGCACACAGCUAAAAUAAUUGUAAUAAUAUAUAGACGCCGGUAUCAAGGAAGAACCCUCCAAAAUGUCGGGGAAAGCAUAUACAAUGAAAGAAAUGAAAACCAUUGUGGAUUAUUUGACAGAACACAAGGCUUACAAUGAAACUAGAGGUAGAAAGAUGUGGGUGGAUUUUGAAAGAUCAAAGGUAACAGAUAGAACAUGGCAAAGUUUGAAAGAAACAUUCCUAAAGCGUAUUCUACCUGAUAUCCACAAUCCUUAUUAUCAAUUGUCAGCGACCCAGAUCAGCAGUUUUAGAAAUGGGUAUGAUGUAGAAGCAAAGCUCAACAACAAACUGGAAAUUAUAACAGUAGGUGAAGAAUCAAACACAAAUAUUGAACAAGAAAUAGAUACAGAGCACCCUAGUACAAGCAAUGGUAAUGCAAGUGGAAAGAAAUCAGGUGAGGAACAAAUAAACACAAAAACCAUAUCACAGCAUAGAUCAUCAGCUGAAACUGUUGUACUGGAUACUUGUUACGAUACUGCUGAAGAUAUACAAAAAGAAUUGGAAGGUAAAAAUGAUGACAAGAAAAACAAUACCAGUCAAACGACACAAAAAUCGUUGCGCGAUUUCAUAACUUAUUCAGAACCAUUGACUCCGAUGCUGCAAGAAGUAAUUGAUGAUUUUGCUACCGAUGAAGAGUCUGAUUCUGGAACUAGAAUGGAAAUUGUGGAAGAUAUCAAAAACGAGAAAAUGCCUGAAGUCACUAAUGAAACCACUGAGGGCCCUAUUGAAAUAAGUUCAAAUUCAGAAGAUGCCUGCAAUCAAAAGGAAUUACCAGAUCAAACUGAACAUAAUAAUGGAAACCAUCAAGAUAAUGUAGCUGCAAAAGAAAACCAAGAACAAAUAAAUAAGACAGGGCAAGUGACACAAAAUGCAACAGAAACAUCGGUUCAGGAAAUCUCAUCAACUGAAGAUGUUGUAAAUGUUCAAAGCAGUAGUGACCUUAUUUCAGGACAAGUACCUAUUAUUGAUACAGACAAAAAUAUUAAAGAAGUUACAACUUCAAAUAAAAGAGAAGAAAACAUAGAAACAAAAUCUAAACAAAACAAACCCGAAACUACUAACAAUUCAGAAGAGAUUGUUAUGACUCAAAAUACUACUAAUACAACUGACUCAAUAAUUCCUAAUAAUCAAGAAGCUUUAAAUACACAAUCCGAAAUUGUUAGUCAAACCAAAGAAAAAGAGUCUAAAAGUACUAAGAAUGACAAAGAAAUUCUAUCUAAAGACUCCGAAAAAGACAAAGAUGUGCCAACUAAAAGUAAUGAAUCUAAUAAAAGAAAACGGGCCACUUCUCAAGAUCCAACGUCUUCAAAAGGUAAAAGACGUUUAAUUAAAAAUUCGAAACUUGUGUCAGUAUCUGAUACCGAUGCUGGAAUCAAUCAAAAACAAAAUUCAAAAAGCAAGUUGCUGCCAGAGACAUAUCCAACACUAAAAGCAAAAAGUUUCAAAUCAUCUGAUAUAAAAAACAAAGAAGAAAGUAUCACAGAUAAAAAUACAAAGGAAUUAGAAAAUGUAAUAGAGAUCAAUGAGGAAGAAGUUUCUGUGCCAACUGAAAAUGUACCAAAAAUACAAGUUACAAGAAAUAUCAGCCCUGAAAUUGAUAAUCCUUGCCUAAAAAGUGUAAGCUUGUAUGACGAGCAGUUUACAUUAACUAAAUAUAGUGAAUCAAGUGACGCCGCUAUACCAGAAGCCAAAGAAAAUCGUCAGGAAGAAAAAAAGAGAAAUACCAACAAAAAUAAUUCAGAUAAUGAUAUAUUACAAUUAAAAUCACACUCAGAGUCAGAGAGUGAAAAUAUUAAAAGGAAAACAGCACCGGUACGCACAGUUCCCACUAAAUCUGAAAGAGAGAAAGUUUUAUCUAAUAUGUUUGGAUUUUCUAGCGGCACAAUGAUGCACGGCCGUAAAAGACGUUUAAGUUAUCGUAAAUCAGUACCUCGACAAUCACGAAGCAGAUUAUUGAGUUCAGGAUCAAGUGAGUGGACUUCAGAAAGUAACGCAGAAUAUGUUUCUCCGCCGCGUGGACGUAAAGACAGACAUUCAAAAAAAUAUUUGAAACCAAAAUCAGCCCGAAUAUUUUCUCUGGAAGAAGAGGGUGGUUUAUUCGUAAUGUAUGGAAAGAAGAUAUAUCCUGUUGUAAAAGAUGGGAAACUAGUCAAAAACUAUGUUACCUACGCACCAGAACGCGAUUCAGGUAGCGAAGAUGAGUCGUAUUGGAAACUUAAAUAUAUGGAAGAAAAGAAAAGAACAGCUCAAUUGACUAAAUUACUUCACCAAUCAGAGGAGAACAACCAAGAUACAAGUGAAAGAUGUCCAAAAGUUGAUCUCACAAAAGCCAGUCCACCAAAAAAACAAAAAUUGUCAAUACCACAUACAGAAACUCAACCUGGAUGUUCUGCAAUACCAGAAAAUGUACCAAAUAAACCUUCACCGGAGGUAUCAAAGGAUCCAGUGUUACCAACAGAGCCAGUAAUUCAAAAUAAGACCGUUAAAAUAAAAAUAACUAAACAGAAUGAGGAAGUAGAAUUAGAAGGUCACUGGUCACAACUACACCCGGUCCUGGAUCAUGUGGUUCAAAUAUUCCAUAAAGAGGUUGAACCUAAAUUGGAUUCCAAAUCUUCAGCAGCCUCGGAACAAUCAAAAGUCUGCCUUAGUGGACUGUCUACACCUAUUAUACCUCACAUAGACCAAGAAGUACAUGAAAAAGUGAAAAAAUUGGAAACGGAAAUAUUUGAAGAGAUUGAAGCUCGUGACAAACAAAAUGAACGAAGCGUUACUCCACAGUCUACAUCCACUGACUUUUCUAAAGUCACCACAAGAAAAGGGCAACCAAAGAGAAGUAAAAGUUCAAUAUCAAGUACCCCAUCGACACCAGAAGUGGAUAAGAAUGAAUCAAAUGCAUCUAAUAAAGAGAAAGAACGAAAUAUGGAGAAAAUGGCUUCAGGUGAUGUAGAAAACGGAACAUCCCCCUCUACUACUGUCGCAAGACGGAUAACAAGAACGUCCAUGAAUGCUCUUCGCGAUAGCAUCGAUAAAAAUGAAAGUAAAAUAAAUACAAGAACGAAGAAAGGCAAAGAGUCUAUCGCUAAGGCAAAUGAAGAGCCCAAUGUGAGAUACAAGUUCCCUUCGCCGCCGACUUCCGUCAAAAAGACCACCAGAUCCUCUGCCAGCAAAACGACGAAACUUACAAAAACUAAGAAUAGAUACGUCAAGAAAACCGCGGCAGUUUCAUCACUGGAAAACAUUAUUCUGAACACUAUAGAAAGCAGUCAAGGUUACCAGGACUCGGAUAUCAGUCCUCCAAAACUCAUUAGAAAGAAAAAAUUUAGAAGAAAUACUUUAAAUGACAAAAUAAGACAACUCAGUCGACAAAAUAUUCGCAGAAGGAGCCAUUUGAAUUACUAUGAAAUGUCUGAUCAAUCCAGUAACUCGUGUCCAGAUUUUGGUUUAAUAUCAAACUCGGAUAUUUACAGAUCGGAGUCUUUACAGUUGUUGAUGCCGAAAGCGAAAACUACUAUUGGAAUAAAUCCAAAAAGUGAAGUGUUUAGUGCAUUCUCAGAACACUUAGAUAGAAUAAUAAAUAAUGCUUGUAAAAAUGAUAUUGAACCACCAUCUGUCGAUAAAGAUGUACUUACAGUUACGAAUAUCUCUAACGAUAAUAGUUCCAGCAAUGUGUCUCUACCGCUCUCACCAGUUCUAUCUAUUGUUGAAAAUUUAUCCAUUGACAAAAAUUCCUUAAAAGGUUUUUUCGAUGAUAAUGGUGUUAUACAUGAACAUCUAAUCGAAGAAUGCAAUAACAACGAUCUUUUUAUUACCAACGAAGACGUUACGAUGCCUUCAGUGGGUCAGGAUUGCAACAACCAAGCUACAACAUUAAAUAAUACAGAACAAAUUCACAACAAAAACAGUACAAAUGCGAUGGACACCGAUUCUAUCUUAAAUAAAUUUUGCAAAGUUGAUUUGAAUCAAGAUAAUCCAACUAUAUCCGAUAGCUUACACCAGAAAAUACGUAAUCUAGUUUUGGAAAGUACAAAAAAAAUACAUCCAAUUCCAAAAGUUAUCGAACCUGUAGACAUUCAUAAAAUGGAUGUAGAAACUGAUGUAGAACUGAACAAGAAAAAUAGAUUAAAUAAACGAUGUUCUACGCCACUAAAGCGUCAAGUCAAUAAAAAGAUAAAAAAGAAAAACCCUCUUAUAGAAGCAUUCAUUGAAGAAGAGCAUACAGAUUCUUGUUCACAAAGUGCAAGCAGAUCGUGUCCCCCUUUAACGUACAAUCCAUCUGGCGUCGAAUAUCUCAACCCUGAAUCUACCAACGUAGCUAAGAAACCGAGAAAUUCAAGAGGUAGAAAGAAAAAAGAGGAUAUUAUCAAAGUUAAAAUUCUCAGACCUAAAGCUAAAAGUCAUUCAAGGGAAAUAAUACAAGAACAAACGAGAACUAAUAGAGAAACGAAAUCCAUACACGGCGAUAGUGGAAUAAAUGAAACAGAAUGUAGUAUACUUCAUCAGCAGUUAGACAGAAGUGUGGAACUUAUACAUAACCAUUCUGAAACAUGUUUGCAAACGGACGAAUGUUUAGAUAACAGUGUUGAAUAUGUAGAAAGCAACAGAUCUCUUAUAUGCCUUCUUACUGACUCGGAUCUUUCAAAUAACAGCGAAGUCAAGGAUCAGGCGGGCACUGAUUCUGCUAAAAAAGCACAAUGUGAAAUUUUUAUACGCGACAGCGCUGCAAAUAUUUUGUGCAGUGCUAUCGAAACUAAUCCGGCUGUUGCAAAUAAUAGUGAAGUGUAUCACACAAUUCUUAACAGAGAAUCUCCAGAUAGCCUCAUAACAGAAGAUCUAUCUGAACCCGAACAAGAACAAAUUUCUGAUAGGGCUUCUAAAUGGUAUCUUUUAUCGGAAGAUGAAAAUACGAAUACAAAUUUUCCCCAACACCUUGAUUUUGGAUCUGAUCUAGAUAAACUAUUUCCUGUGGCAUGUGCAAUACCGAAUUUAUCCACAAUAACAGAGAUGUCCAGGGAGAACGACAAUAAACCAGUAGACCCGGACGGAGACACAAGGAAUGAUCUACUUUCACAGAGCCUUUUUGAUAGUAACUUUUAAGUUUUUUGUAAUAUCAACCUAUUUGUAGAUUAAAACAUUAAACAAUUUUGA